AUGAACUAUGAUGACUUAACAACAAAUGAGAUUGAUUUAAUCAAGAAAGCAUUUUAUCAGUUCGAUUACCGUAAAACUGGUUUCAUAUCUCAUGAAGAAUAUGCUGACGCACUACGUUGGUUGAAAUUAAUACCUUCUGAGGAAGAAAUAGCAAAAAUCUUACAGGAAAUCGAUCCAGAAAAUCUAGGACGUAUUAAAAUUGACGCAUUUGUGUGCGGUGCACUGAAAUUCUGGUUCCCAUCACCGCAAAAUCUAGAGGCACAUUUAUGGGAUGCAUUUUCAGUAUUCGAUAAAGACCUGAAAGGUAGUAUAUCAAGUGAUUUAUUAAGGGAAAUUUUAACUAUGAAUGAUACAGAACCGAUACCAGAGAAGGAAGUGAACAAGAUUAUCAAAUACUAUGAAAAUAAGUCUGAUAAGACAAUUACAUACGGAUCGAUAAUCAAUGACUGGAUGAAGUGA